AUGACCUCUUCUGAGGGGGUGGUAACCACCAAUCAAAUAAAGGAAAAUAAAUAUUCUUGGACUCCUUGGAAUUUCUAUAAUUUUGAACAGAACUCAGUGACAAAUGGUGAAACCACUCACAAUUCUGAAAUUAACAGUUGUUUCUUAGACAAUAAGUGUGAAACUGUGAUUGGUGAAGGAAAUGGUAAAACAGAGAAUGUUGAAGAUGACCUAAACUUUUUAGAACACCUCUUCGUACAGCCAGAGACACAGGUUCUGGAUACCCAGCACCCUUUACCAACAGAACAAGGCUGUACGCCACAGUGGAGCUCAGCAGCAGAGUUCCAGUGGAAUACACCAGUUCACAACAAUGGCUCAAUAAAUACCAGCAUGGAGGUCACUUCUGGCUAUGGUGAAACAGAAGGAAUGCAGCAGCUCUACACAUGUCCUACUGCAUAUUUACCUGAUGUUUAUUGAAAAAGAAACAGAGAGUGUUAUCAGACAGAAGUUUAAUGGUCAUUUACAAUAAUACUCUAACGGAUGUGAAUAACAGACCAACCAACAACCAGCAGUUGUAAACAUCUGUAGUUGAA